AUGUCUGGCACGACCGAUCCCACCGAGACCUCCAAGAAGGGCCAGUUGAACGACAAGCAGACCAAGCUCCUUGCCGCCAUGGCCCAAAAUACCAUCGGAAAGGUGGAGUACAAUUGGGAGAAAAUUGCCAUGGACUCCGGCUACAAAAACGUCGCCAGCGCGAAGAGCACCUACUCUCGACUCUGCUCUCAGCUCAACGGCGGCGGCGGCAGCAAGACCUCCGGUGAAAAGGGCGACGGCCCUGUCGGUGGCGGCCCCAAGACGCCAACCAAGAUCAACAAGCGGUCUGGAAAGGUGGGCAGCUCCUCGACCAAGAAGCCCCGUGCCAAGAAGGCUGCGGCUGCUACCUCUCUUGCGAUCAAUUCUGGAAACGAUGAUGAGGAGAAUGGAGACCAAAUCAAGCUCAAGAUGGAGCCCGAGGACCAGGAUGAGGAUGAGGUCGAUACCCUGAUGAGCGGUGCGCUCUAG